ACCUGUUGAUCAUGAUUGAUCCUGAUGCACCUUUCCCAUGCGCUCCGCCCGACGUCACCAUGGAGCACAUUCUACACUACGUUGUCAUCGUGACUGGCAUUAAAGGCGUGCUCUUCCCGGAAAGAAAUAUGCUCAAUUAUCACGCACCAGCGCCACCAAGAGGAAUACACCGGUACCAGUUCUACCUGUUCCCGUGGGCAGGGCCACAAUUUCUGGAUCUGGAUUACAACUCUCCGUCUCAAAGAUCCGGUUUUAACCUAACGACUUUUGAAAACGCAAACAAGUUACAGCAACCGGUUGCAGUAUUCCAGUUUCGGAGUCAACAUCAUGUCUCCAUAUACCUGUACAGUCUUCUGUUGCUCGUGUUUUUUCUUCUGUUUGAAGCAAUCGUCGGACUCACACAAUUUGUAACAUCUCGCAUAAAACCAUAAUGUCGAAAUUUC